AUGAUUGUCUGGGUUCAGCUACCCGCCUUGAAGGUCCAUUUUUAUCAUCGGGAGGUUCUCAUGACCAUAGGCAAUCUCAUCGGACGUACUAUUAAGCUUGAUUACCAUACGCUCAAUCGACAACGGAGGAAGUUUGCUCGUUUGGCGGUUGAGGUUGACAUGUCCAAGCCCCUAGUUCCUCGGAUUUUUUUGGAUGAUCAUUGGCAAAGGGUGGAGUAUGAGAACCUCCCGGAGGUAUGUUUCGAGUGCGGUAAAAUUGGGCAUAAUACGGGCGUGUGCCAGAGACUUCGACCGGCGGAUACCACGACAAACUUGGUCGCUGCCGGCGGCGAGGGCCCGGCGAAGCAGAGGACCGUUGCAGAAGAACCUAGCCCGGGUUUUGGGCCAUGGAUGUUGGUAUCCAAAAGAAGCAGGCGUAAUCCCAGGGAUCCCGUGAAGCAAGGCAAACAAGAGGGUGAUCUGGGAUACGGAGGGCAAAUAAGCAAAAACGGGAAAGGAGGGGCUAAGUCUAAGGAGGGCGGAGCUCCCCUGCUCGCACCCGUGGUGACGAUUUCUACGGAUAAUCAUCGGGCACAGGGUCAGGAAAGGAAGGUUAAUCAAGCCAAGAAAGAAGGAGGCGCAUCUGCUUCUCUGGGAAAAGCAAACGGAAAAGGGAAGGAGGAGGGUUUUAAUUCCUCUUCUUUGGGGAAAACGAACGGGAAAGGUAAGGAGGUUCAACAUAUUUCAACGGGCCUGAACCAAAGCUUAUUGGGGCCCGGCCCAAGCCAGGAGUUUAACAGGAAAGGGGAAUUUCGACCUGCAGUAGAAACAAACCAAGCCUCCACUUCGGGCCUCCCAUCUUCGACUUCAAGCCCAAAGGCGAUGUGGACUGACCCAGGUCUGACUCUACCACGGGCCUCCAGUCCAAAAGAGCUGGCGGCCACUGCUGAGGCCUCAACAGAGGUCCAAACCUUGGUUGGAUUAAACGGCACCAAAAUGCAAAUCUUCACCGUCGCUUCUGCUGACAAAAUGAAAGGGCGAUCGGAGGUAACUUCUAUGUCGGCGGGGGAGCGAACAAAACACAAGAAGAUUUCCAAACGGCAAACUAAGAAAGGAUCCCCGGUGAAGCUCCAUCCUUCGAAGGCUCUCCAAGUUUGGACUCCAGUGAAAGAUAGGAAGACCAAAUCUAGAUCUCGGUUGGCGACGCUUACACUACAAGAGAUCAGCGCUUGGACCGAGGCGGCAGGGAAAAGUGAAGGGACCUCAGGCCAGGGGGUUCCGACGAUGGGAGCUCCGGGGAUGGCGAACUGCAGUCCUUAG